AUGAAGGCUUUCAACGCUGGCGACGCUGCCGGAGCUGCGUCGGUUUAUGAUCCUGAUGGUUACUUCAUGCCAAACGGACGGAAUCCAGUGAAAGGUCGCUCAGGUAUUGAGGCUUACUUCAAAGAAGAUAUGACCGAUGGAGUUCAGACCGCUCAAAUCAUCACCGAAGAGGUGAACGGAGGUGGUGAAUGGGCUUUUGAAAGAGGAAGCUAUCAUCUGGACGGUACUAAGGGACGCGAAUCCGGUGCGUAUCUCCAAAUCUGGAAGAAGGUCGAUGGAGUCUGGCUCAUUCAUAAUGACUGCUUCAAUGUCAUCAAGAAUGCCUGCUAA